AUGCCGGCCCCUGCUUCGGAACCUGCGCUGCGUGGUUCGCUCGACGAGGCGAAUGAGCGGUACGAUACAAUCAAGACGCAGCUAAAGGAUGGCCUUGCUCGCAAGCGCCAGACCGACCAGGAUCUUACCGACUUGGAAUCGCAGAUUUACCUAUAUGAAGGCUCUUACUUGAACACCACGGCACUGAGCGGCGGCAAUGUGAUCCGUGGCUUUGACUCAUAUAUGAAGGCGGGUGCAACGUCGGGAGGCAAUCCCCGUUCGGCGCCCUCAUCGGCUACGGCGUCCAACGAGGACCGUAUGUUUAGCACAAGCAGCGCUACCUACCAGCGCAGCCUUGCGCUCAAGAUGAACGAGGCCACAGAAGAUGCCUCGCGUUCUGACGAUGCCAAGAACAGCGGCACCGGUACGCAGUCUUCUGGCUAUAAACUGAAGCGCAAGGCGUAA